GUUUUGAUUUUAUAUUUUCAUUUACGCGUAUCUCUCGUAAAUAUGCCUACCAGACGGAGUGUGCAUUUUCUCAUUAACAUAUUCGAGGGCAUGACCCAGCCCGAGGAGCGGAAAGGUGCAUUGCAGCAGUCCACCAGCCUUCAAUUCCUGAGUGGACGUGUUGCCGCAAUUGUGGCCAUGUUUGAACAAACGCCGAACAAAAGCGGCGAUUCGUCAAAUGAACCCUCCCUUGCCGACUUGAGUCAGCAGGAGCAGAGAGAGCGUAUACAUGUUGUCUCUUAUGCCUCUAAAUUAAAACAAGAAAUAACGGCUAUACCCAGCUAUGGUGAUUUGGAGUCUUUUAAUGCAAAGCGUGGAUCUGUGCGCCCAAGCUAUAGCUUCAUUUGGUGAUAGAUGUCCAGCCCAAAACUUAUGGGGCCUGAGGUUCCCUGGAGUGGACGCAGCACAUAAAUUAUGCUGAUACCUUCACAACAGGCAAACAGGCAAACACACAACACAGUUCACAACAUGCCCCAUUCUUUAUAAAUGUCACGUGACACCAUUAAAAAUUCCAAGUCUUCGUAGUAAUAUUUAAGCUACGUUAAA